AUGGCACUGUCGCGGGGGCUGCCCCGGGAACUGGCUGAGGCCGUGGCCGGGGGCCGGGUCCUGGUGGUGGGGGCGGGCGGCAUCGGCUGCGAGCUCCUCGAAAACCUCGUGCUCACCGGCUUCUCCCACAUCGACCUGAUUGAUCUGGAUACUAUUGAUGUCAGCAACCUCAACAGGCAGCUUUUGUUUCAAAAGAAACAUGUUGGAAGAUCAAAGGCCCAGGUUGCCAAAGAGAGUGUACCGCAGUUUUACCCGAAAGCUAAUAUCAUAGCCUACCAUGACAGCACCAUGAACCCUGACUAUAAUGUGGGAUUUUUUCGACGAUUUAUAUUGGUUAUGAAUGCUUUAGAUAACAGAGCUGCCCGCAACCAUGUUAAUAGAAUGUGUCUAGCAGCUGAUGUCCCUCUUAUUGAGAGUGGAACUGCUGGUUAUCUUGGGCAAGUAACCACCAUCAAAAAGGGUGGGACUGAGUGUUAUGAAUGUCAUCCCAAACCAACCCAGAGAACUUUUCCUGGCUGUACAGUUCGUAACACGCCUUCAGAACCUAUUCAUUGCAUUGUCUGGGCGAAAUGUUUGUUCAACCAGUUGUUUGGAGAAGAAGAUGCUGAUCAAGGAGUAUCUCCUGACAGAGCUGACCCUGAAGCUCCCUGGGAACCAGUGGAAGCCGAAGCCAGAGCCAGAGAAUCUAACGAAGACGGUGACAUUAAACGUGUUCCCACCAAGGAAUGGGCUAAAUCAACUGGAUAUGAUCCAGGUAAGCUUUCUACCAAGCUUUUUAAAGAUGACCGCAGGUAUCUGUUGACGAUGGACAAACUAUGGCGGAAAAGGAAACCUCCAGUUCCACUGGAUUGGGCUGAAGUGCAAAGUCAAGGAGAAGAAACCAGUGCAUCAGAUCAACAAAAUGAACCCCAGUUAGGUCUGAAAGACCAGCAGGUUCUAGAUGUCAAGAGCUAUGCGUGUCUUUUUUCAAAGAGCAUUGAGACUUUGAGAGUUCAUUUAGCAGAAAAGGGGGAUGGAGCUGAGCUCAUAUGGGACAAGGAUGACCCAUCUGCAAUGGAUUUUGUCACCUCUGCUGCAAAUCUCAGGAUGCAUAUUUUCAGUAUGAAUAUGAAAAGCAGAUUCGAUAUCAAAUCAAUGGCAGGGAACAUUAUUCCUGCUAUCGCUACUACUAAUGCAGUGAUUGCUGGGUUGAUAGUAUUGGAAGGAUUGAAGAUUUUAUCAGGAAAAAUAGACCAGUGUAGAACAAUUUUUUUGAAUAACCAACCAAACCCAAGAAAGAAGCUUCUUGUGCCUUGUGCAUUGCAUGCUCCCAACCCUAACUGUUACGUAUGUGCCAGCAAGCCAGAGGUGACCGUGCGGCUGAAUGUUCAUAAACUGACUGUUCUCAUCUUACAAGAUAAGAUUGUGAAAGAAAAAUUUGCUAUGGUAGCACCAGAUGUCCAAAUUGAAGAUGGAAAAGGAACAAUCCUAAUAUCUUCAGAAGAGGGAGAGACAGAAGCUAAUAAUCACAAGAAAUUGUCAGAACUUGGAAUUAGAAAUGGGAGCCGACUUCAAGCAGAUGACUUCCUUCAGGACUACACUUUAUUGAUCAACAUCCUUCAUAGUGAAGACCUAGGAAAGGAUGUUGAAUUUGAAGUUGUUGGUGAUGCUCCAGAAAAAGUGGGGCCCAAGCAAGCUGAAGAUGCCGCCAAAAGCAUAACCAAUGGCAGCGAUGAUGGAGCUCAGCCUUCCACAUCCACAGCACAAGAGCAAGAUGAUGUGCUCAUAGUUGAUUCGGAUGAAGAAGGUCCCUCAAAUAAUGCUGAUAUCAGUGAAGAAGAAAGAAGUCGCAAGAGGAAGCUAGAUGAGAAAGAGAGUGUCAGUGCGAAAAGGUCACGCAUAGAGCAGGCAGAGGAGCUUGAUGAGGUUAUAGCAUUAGAUUGA